AUGCUUAUCGGCCAUCCACAUCAGGAAAUCUCCCCAAAGAGCUCAGAUCGGGUCAACCGCAUCACGCCCCGUCCCCUGAAGACGGAUCCGCAGGAUGCCACCCAAGAGCGCGCAAUUCUUGCGACGGAGAUCCGCCCGUACAGACCGCAGUCGAGGCUUUCGACACAGCAUACAGGGUUAUCGGUUGUUAUCCCUGUUAAGCCGGAAAUCAGUAAGAAGAAGAAAAAGGAUGGUGGGAAGAGAACAAAUGAGAGUAUCAGUGUGGAGGUUGUGAAUGAAGCGCCAUUGCGGGCAGUUGAGAUCGCUAGCCAGGCCUUGCACCUUCAGGAAGCCGGGAAAUGGGAUGAUCUGGACAAUGAGCUGCAAAGUGAGGAAGAGGAGGCACAGUCAAAUGAGGAACAACCCGCGUCAAAGGACGUCCUUCCACCCGACCCUUCCCUGCUGAACGAGACCCGAGUUGCCCAAGCACGUGCGGCAUACGAGCCGAGUAUGCUCAAGCGUCGGGCGAAGGGGCCGCGGUUACCAAGGCGGGAAGCAGCGCACCCCCUGCAGAAACUGGAUGCAACAGACGAGGACUCGAUCGGUAAGGAGGCGCUGCGACGGGUGGAACAAGACGAUCGUCGACCGACCAAUGUGCUGAUCUGGGAGGUUGCAAAUGAUCUAUAUCGGGAGAAAUGUGUUCAAUUGGGCAUGAAAUUUCAGCCGAUUGGAAGUCAAUGGUCUCAGCGCUUUUUAAUCCGUCACCCGGAUUUCCGCAAGACCUGGUCGCAGUUGAUAGACGCUAGGAAGCCUCCGCCGCGUGCUCCUCCUCCCGGUGCUUCCUCUGGGCCACACUCAUGGCACUUUGCGGAAGAUGCCAGCUCGAUCGUGGACGAUGACUUUUCGAAGUUCCAUAUCCCGAAGACUGAGGCUGAGUGUGCUACGUACUUUCGACAGAUUCGAAGUGGACCACCUGCCACUGCUGUUCGGAUUCAGAGAUUCCUCACGCAUUUAUUAGUGGAACAGGCGAAGAGCGUUGAUAUGCUUAGUCGUGUGAGAAAGGCCCUGGAGGAACCAAAGGAGACUAAUGAAACGGCACCGCAAGUGGCCACAAGAGAGCCUCAAAAGGGAUCGGAACAAGCCCAGGGCUUUUUUGCUCCGCCGGCCUCGCAGAGCCAGCAGCCCCCGACCGCUAUAGCUUCGACGCCAAUAGUUGGUACUACUGUUGGGGACUUUACAGCUGCACCAUCUCAAUCAUCCCAGGCAUCCCAGCUACCGACCGAUAACAUACCCCAACAUCAGGAACCACAGGUGCCCUCAAACCCACCACCCAGGGCCAACUUACACUCUGAUGGACGUGCAGCUAUGGCGCGUCAGACAUCCAGCACAUCUUUACCACCUCCCACAAAUCGCUUAGCGCAAACACAGCCCUCUCAGGAAGCCCUGAAUACCGCCAGUUCCACACCAAUCCUUAGUAAUGCCUCUUCAACAUAUACCUCUACGCCUUCUCAGUCCAUCACGACGUUCCAGCAGUUCUCCAGAAAUCACAUGUCUCAACCUUCACACCGUUCCGACCAACAAGAAGCUCAUGAGGCGCAGCAACCCCAGAGUACUGCUGAUUCUACGCCGGUGAUCGGUAACGCCUCAGGCAGCAUAACUACGCCGUUGCCAUUAUCUAUGGAGCCAUUCAAAUCAUCUUCUGCACAAGACCCGUCGCUACCCUUGUAUGAUUUGCAGUCCCCACAAACCCAGGAAUCUCGGCGCGAUGAACCCACUGCAGAUUCCAACCCUAUACUCAGUAACGCCUCCCCAACUCAUCCCUCGGAGACCUUGCAGUCAACCCAGUCAUCAUUUCAGCCUUUAACUGCCUCCAUACCUCAGUUGCUACAUCACCCAGAGCCCCAGGAGGCUCAGGAAUCCCAGAACCCCGAGGAUACAGCCACUUCCUUGUCUUUGCUCAGCAAUGCUCCUUCUAGCAAUCCACCUGCAUCACUCGAAUCAUUACUCUCGUCCUUCCAAGCAUACCCGACAACCCAUGUCCGGCAAUCCCCUCAAAAACCUCAGAAACCUAAGAAACCCUCUCAGCCUCGAAAGCCCCAGCAGCCUCGCGCUCGAAAUCAACAAACCCAGUCCCAACGACCCCAGCAGUCACAGCAGCCACAACAACAACAGUCGCCGCUAUCACAGCAGCAGUCACGACAGCUCCCACAACCUUCUGAACCACCACAGCCUGUUCAGCCACCUGAGUCAUCCCAAGUACCAGGCCGGUCAUCUAAUCAUAUGGCCAGCACCAUGGUUCCAUUCACUGGGUGGGGCAGUGGAGCUCUGAGUAUGACUAGUUCCAGCCCGUACCACUCUGGUAAUUUUGCAACAAGCUUUGGCGGCAGCCAACCUGGCCGCCCGCAGUAUUAUCCGAACGAGUACCUCCUCCGCACAGCCGUAGAUCAGUCGCCGAAGCGCCGGCGCAUAGAUGACCCAAUCAAUUCGAUCAACCAUCCGGGGUUCCAAUGA